CUCCAACAUCUAGAGGUAUAGCAGAGACCACGGCAGCCCCCAGAUCUCGCUCUUCACGUCAAACAACUUCUAGUGACACUCGUUUGUUUGCGCCAAAUAUAUUCACUUGGUAUAUUGCCAUUGCCGUACUCCGAGAGCUCGAUCGCCCGCACGCAAUCCACCGCGCUUGCAUUACGCGUCACCACCGCUUGCUCAACUUCUUCAGCUAUUCAACAUCUGCCUUCCGGCUGCCACUCGUUACGCCUAUGAGUUCAUAGUAACGUCCAGUAUCUCACAGCCACAGUAGCAUAGCGGCUAUGCCUUCUUUCCUUCACAAGUUGAGCCGAAAGAGCAGCAAAACGUCCGGCGACCAAAAAGGCGAGCUGCUUCCCACGAAGGCCCAGUAUGGCAUUGGCCGACGCCAGUCGUCUUCUACUAUGAACUCGUCCCCGAUCGGCUCGUCCACACCUUCCACCACACCCGCGACAUCGACUAUAGAGGGAGAUGCACCGCCCGUACCCGCCCGGCCUCAGCGACCCAGCGUUGAUCCUUUAAAGCGCUAUAGCAUGAAUGGUUUGUCCACGACACCGACCAGUGGCUCUGGCUCGCACAACUCGUUCAAUCGAUCGUCGUUGCUCGCACCGCGCAUCAUUUCUGUAUCGGAUAACUCCUGGGUUCAUCAGCAGGUUCUUCUGAUAUUUGGACAGGUCGGCGAGCCUUCUCACAAACCGCUGGAUGGCACUCUUACCGUCAACCACCACCAAGGCCGUUUUCCCCCAACAUGCUGGCCGGUAAGGGACUCUUACUUCAAAGCAUUGGUACACUUGGAGCCAGGGUGGAACCGAGUUCGCCUCGACUUUGCGUCACCAAAAGUCUCAUCCGGCAAUCAGUCGAUUUCCCCACACGCGACUUUCAUAAACAUCAACUACCUUCCUCUGACACAUUCACCGCCUCUUCAACUGGCUAUCAUCCUCGGAAGUGACUCGCCUGGCACAUAUGAUGCACCGCCAUCGCGCAUACAGACCGAAGGAAACGGGCUGGAUCUCGCGGUGAAGAAGUUCCGCAUGGCAGCGUACUUAUGGCAGGCAUUCACGGGUGAGCAGAUGAAGCGCCAUGGCUUUAGGCGACGUUGCUUCCGCCUCGAAGAUGCGUGGGAGCCUGGCACGAUAAGCUACCAAGACUGGGAACCGGGCCACUUUCGCACGCAGGCUAAGGUGCACAUCAUACGCUCGAAGAAGACUGUCGCUGAGAUAAGAGACCUCGAUCGAGCGCAACAGUACGGACCAGGAACGAAGAAAGGCGAGCUAUUUGGCAUUGCUGCAGACGCCGUCAAAGACUACUUUCAUAUCACACCAGGCCAGAAGCUCUAUGUUUCUUGUAUGUUCCUAGACUCGACAUGGGACGCCAAGGAGCAGGUCAUCCGCGGACAUGCAGCGCUUGGUGGAGGAGUGCCAGACUUGCAGCUAGGCAUCUUCGGGUCACAAGCGCUACACAGCUACCCAUCCAGCAUCGAAGAAGUCACUCAAGCAUUCGAGGAUUGUACACGAACAGACACCAACUUUGUAGCAAAUGACUGCAACGAGUCCGGCAGCAAUUGGGAGGCAGCCAAUAUUGGAAUCGGCGCCCACCUUCACGAGACUGGACAUCUGUUUGGUUGUCCGCACCAAGAGUCCGGCAUCAUGUUACGCGACUAUGUCACGCUGAACCGCACGUUCAUCUGCCGCGAACCUUACUCGACUCGUACGAAAUCGCCUGGUCAGCGGCUGGUACUACCGGAGGACGAGUGCAGAUGGCACAGACUGGACGUGCUACGCUUCAGGUUCCACCCUUGCUUCCGCAUACCAAUCGAUAGAGCCGAUGUUAACAACGACGGAAGCGUACAAGUCUGGACUGUUGACCCUGGUCAGGGCGGUGUGAUUGCAACAUCAAAAUCCGGAAUUGCCUGGGUCGAGCUUUACACAGAAGGAGACGAUGUCUGUCGCUCUUGGCGAGAAUGGCCGGAGGUCGAGCUUCAAUAUCCACGACAGGUCUCACUAGACGAGACUGAGCUGCGCUCGGUGCUACCAAAGGAGAAGCAGAAGUCGAAACUGAAGGUCGAAGUCUAUUCUGCAGGAGGUGGAAAGCAUGUAAUCGAGGACUUCAGUCAGCUAGCGAACCAGAAGCUGGCGCGUGUCAAGAUUCCUGAUGGCCGCUGGGGCUACCGCGGCAGCAAGCUGGGUUACUCCCAGAUGGAAGGAUCACAGCCUGUGGAGAUCAUCCUUGACAGUGCACACAUUCAGACAAAACUUCUACUCGGCAUCAAGGUAUGGUCUGGGCUGUGCGUCGAUGGUCUGGAGUUCUACUAUGAAGAUUCGACAAGCCAGGUGUUUGGUAAGCGAGGAGGACAUGCGACCGACUUCCCGUUAGACACACGGAAAGGCGAGAUGCUUCUCGGUUUCGCUUUACGGGCAGGACUUUGGAUCGAUGGCAUUCAGAUCUUGACAAGCCUGGGAAGGACGAGCGAGUGGUUCGGCAACGCCACUGGCGGUAGUGGACACACUCUCAUCCCUCCUCGCGGUUACACCAUUGGCGGCAUUUCUGGAUCCUCUGCCGCCUGGCUUGACGGGUUCGCUUUGAUCAUCACACGUUAAUCGCAGUGCACAUCCAAUCACAUACCCACCAACAACCUCACAGCAUCGCGAGUGUUGUGCACCCUACAUCUUAUCACAGCAAGUCAUCUACAGGCUAGCGUUGGUUAAUAGGCUACCAAGAGGUUUCACAUCUAGAUGCGUACCGAUACAGCGUACUGUUACAGGAACAGUUGGCAUUAACUCAAUGCAAUCAUCUUUCACAUCUGAAACUAUCGGACAGGCGCAUAUGGGCGGUGUCAAACAUGGAGAAGGGCCUAAUACAACACGAAUCUCAAGAGUUGAGAUAAUCGUUUCUCAGUAAAGUUAACAAUAUUAGAC